AUGUCAAACUGCAACUUCUUCCAGGUCGGAAUUUCCGAUGUUUUUUUUUCAAAGGUUUUUGAUUUGCCCAAUAACGAUUUCUCUACAGAACGUGAACAUCGUGUCAAGACUCGCAUCGUUCGCUCAACGACGUCACCGAAAUACGAUGAGCAGUUCACAAUGUACGGGGUGACCAGCGAACAGAUCACGCUCAGCACCUUGCACUUCCAGGUUGUUGCUUUCGAUCGAUACAGUCGCGACACAGUCGUCGGCGAGUGCGUCUACAGACUUGCUGAUGCUGAACUAAUGCUCUACCAGGAGAUGAGAGUAGAACUUGCACUUCAACCGCGUGCAUCUGAUUGUGUUGCGGCUCGAGGAGAGCUUCUCCUCUCUCUGACUUAUCAGCCAGCUUUCAACAAUCUGACCGUGGUCGUGCUCAAGGCUCGCGGCCUAAGUAGAAACGAAACUGGAGCUGCAGACCCAUACGUGAAGCUCUACCUGCGUCGCGAAAAUGGCGAGCGAAUUGUGAAGAAGAAAACGCACGUUCGCCGCGCUACCGUAAACCCGGUCUACAACGAGUCGUUUGUCUUCGAAUUACCCGAGACCAAAAUGGAUAACUGCGUCAUCGAUCUGCAGGUGAUAAACCAUGACCGAUCGAACCGCAACGACGUCAUUGGUCGCGCGCUUCUGAACUUGGAAGACCAGCACGUCGUGGAAGUACUGGAAAACCCCGGACGUCAAGUGGCACAAUGGCACCAUCUCGACUGA